AUGGCAAGGCUUAACAUCGAAAGUGUCGAGCCUGCAAACGAAGAAACCGAUCUCAAUCCGAAGAAUCCUGGAUCGACUAUCAAGAUUGGGGACAUCUUGGACACAUUUGGAGCUUGGCAGAUAAAACGCGUGGCCUUGAUGUUCUUCUUGAGUUUACCGGGAUGCGCUCAUAUCUUUGCAAUGAUCUUUGCCACCGUCAAGGAGGAUUUCUGGUGUGAAGCCAACGGACAAUCGAAUGAGACCAUCAACCAAUGCGAGGAAGGCUGUCCAAAAUAUGUCUUUGAUAGAUCCAUUUUUCAAAACACGGUCACCAUGCGAUAUGGCUUGGUUUGUGAGAAACACUAUUGGGAACCCUUAUCCAAGCUGAGCCUCUUCGGUGGAUAUGCCAUUGGAACCUUUCUGGCUGGCGUGGUUUCCGAUAAUUUUGGACGAAAGCAAGCCAUCACCAUCUUCAGCCAACUGUUGUUUUGCUCCGGGAUCAUAAUUACUCUGAUGCCCAACAUUAUGACAUUCUCCAUCAUGUGGUUCAUUGUUGGGAUGUCAUCCAUAUCAGUCUACACCGUCGCGUUUGUGUGGGUCUCUGAAAUUGUGGGAGGAAGUUGGAAAGUCAUUGUAUGCUUGGUGCUUUCCAUGUCGUUCCCAAUUGCGAGAUUGAUUGUCACCCUCACAGCUUACUUCAUUCGGGAUUAUGAGAUUUUAUUUCAAGUGUUCUCGUCUCUCCAUCUGUUCACCCCAAUGCUCAUGCUCUUUGUGCCCGAGAGUCCGCGGUGGCUUUUGUCACUGAAACGCCCAGAAAAACGUGCAGAGGCUUGCCACACCUUGAGUGAGAUAGCUAAAUCGAAAGGCAUUCCUUUCGAAAUGGACUUUUUUGAGGAUGGCAACGUCAAUAAAGGGGCCGCUUUCGCCGGGGAGGACCAUUUCAGUUUAAUUUUCACCCAUAAACUGCUGAGAAUGCGCGCUUUCACGAUGCUCUACUGUUGGUUCACCACCUCGUUCGUGGUCUAUUCAGUGAGCCUGAACAUGAGAACCCUUACUGGAUCCCUUUUCAUUAACUUGAUCUUAACCUCUAUUCUAGACAUCCCUGCCAAGACUUUGGGAUUUUUGAUCAUGAGAAAAUAUUCCAUUCGAAGAUCCGCCGUGAUUGGCACGUUUUUCAUGGGUGCUGCGUUGGCAGGUGUGUGUGGUUUAUUGGAUAAUUCUGUUCCCUGGCAGAAAUGGCUCCUCUCAGGUUUGCUUCUAUUAGCCACAAUGAGUCUGUCCACAAACUUCUCCAUCCUAUGGCUUUACACGGCCGAACUCUACCCAACGGGAAUAAGGAAUUUUGGAGUUGGUCUGAGCUCAUUCAUUGCGCGAAUUGGGGGAUCGGGGAGCACGGCGAUCGUGUAUUUGGCCAGCAUCCAUUCCAGCGUUCCGUUUCUUACCUUUUCGGGCAUGUGCCUGGCUGCAGGAUCGGUCUUGUUUCUUCUCCCAGACACAGGAGACAAGCCUCUGCCUAACUCUAUGAGAGAAAUCGAACAACGCGAACUUGAUGCUCGCGACAAAAAACAUGUGACAUUUUAGUUUUAGAGUGUAAUAUCUAGAAAUACAGUUUAUCGUGAAUAUACCUUCGAAAUAAUGUA